CCCGAGACUGGCCCCUCGCACCAGCUAGCGUCUUCCCGCCUUUUGGGACGCCGCCUGCGCCGUUUGGAGGAUCGCGGCCCGCACACCGACACCGCACAACUUUCUGGACCCCGGCCGCUGGACCCCGGCCGCUGCCCCAGGCGAAUGCGCCGCAGGCGGUGGCCCUCGGCAGACCCAUGGGGCGAACGGGCUGCCGGCGGCUUCUGAGUCGCACCGGCGGUGUUUCUGAGGCGCGCACGAGCGGCAGCGGCAGCAGUAGCUAGUCGUAGACUCUCGACUGAGCAGGAGAAUGUUGGGCUCGGACGGCAGCGGCGGAGCGCCCGGGCGCUCGCAGCACUUCCACAAGGUGUUUACGUACCACCACAUCGCGCGCCUCAGCGCCACGGCACCGCACUGGGUGAUCAUCCCCUCAUUCGAUCACACCGCUCACCUGCCGGAGCAGCGACUGGUGCCGGGACCCUCGCUGCUGGAGCUGUACGAGCGGCGCAGUCUGUGCCCCGCCACCCUGGUCGUGGGCCUCACCACGCGGGCGCCACUGCCGCUGCCGGCCUGCUUCUUCAGGCCUCUGGAGCUGCUGCUGGAGCUGCUGGACGCGGGCCUGGCCUAUACGCCCCUGGGCCCGCCGGCACUGGACAGCCGCACACCGCCGCCCGACUGGUGCAUGCCCAUGCAGCUGCUGGUGGCGGCGGCGCAGUCGGCACCGGCGCCCGCCACGACCGGGGACGUGCUGGCGGCGGCCGCCGCCGCCGCCGCCACGGGUCACAUGUGGCCGGAGGGCGCACAGUCGUACGGCAGCGGCGGCGGCGGCGGCGGUGCUACUGGUGGCGGCGGGGGAGGAGGCCGAGCCGUAGUGAAGGAGGAAGUGGAGGCGCACACCAGGGCUGGGGAGGGCAGCGGCAGUGGAAUGGGUCCGCGCUCGUACCCCAUAGUGCACGGCUCCCACACAGACAGUGCCGAGUCGGGCUCCGCCGGCGCCUCGGCAGCGGUGGCAGCAGCGGCAGCAGUAGCAGCGGGAGCGCCUGGUGAGGAGGGCGCGGAAGGAGAGCCCCACCACCACCAGCACCACUACAGCCACCCGUACGAUAGCCAGCAGCAUUCCAAACACCACCACCGCAAGAGCUCGAGCAGCGGCGGCGCCGCCGCCGCCGCCGCCGCUGCGGCCGAGCCCGUCCCGCCUCGUGCGGGUGGCGGCCGCGGCGCCGUCGGCAGCGGCUUCAGCAGCACCAUCAGCAGCUGUAGCAGCAGCUACAGCAACCUAAGCAGCCUGCUGCCUGGAAAGCACAGCGGCGGCGGCGGCGGCGCUGACGUCAGCGGCGGCGGCGACAUGGCGGCGGCGGCGGCAGCGCUGCAGCCGCCUGUGACACCAGCAGCAGCACCGCCGCCGCCGCCGCCGCCGGGUCGGGCGGUGGCGGCUGCGGGCCGAAGUGCCGCCGACCUCCUCCGCUCCGCCCAGUACUGGUGCUUCGUGCACUACUACACAGGUGGCGACAUCAAAUGCGUCAUGAAUGACCCACCCGGUACCAUGCUGCAACGGCUGCAGGCCAACCGCCUGUCCGACUUCACGCCCGUCAUCGGCCUGGCUGAGAAGAAGGACUUCCACGUGUUCAUCCGCGCCAGCCUGUUCAUGCCGCUGGCCGCGCUUCUGCAGCUGCACAGCAGCCGGCAACACCCACACCCGCAACAACAACACCAACAACAGCAACCUCAGCAGCUGCAGCAGCAGCAGCAACAGCUGCAGCACCCACAGCAGGGACAGGGACAGCACCUGUGCGAACCUGCGGUGGCGGGCGCGGGCGCGGAAGGAGGCGGAGGCGGGGUGGUGCCGUGCCCGCUGGCCACAAACGCACAGCUGACGGCUUUUGACCAGAAGGGACUUAAACUCAUGCUGGCGGUGGGCGGUGGUGGCGGUGGUGGCGGCGGCGGCAGUGGUGGUGGCGGUGCAGGCGGUGGCGUGCCGUUCUUUCUGUCGCCAAUUCCGAGCAGCUCAACCCUAGGCGGCGGCAGUGCGCCCUUCGGCCCAGCUGUCCCUCCGCCGCCGCCGCCUUCGUCGUCCGGGCUGCAGCAGCACACGUUGAACAUGCCUGGCGGCGGCGGCGGUGGCGGGGGCGGCAGUGGCAGUGGCAGCGUGCCUGUGCUGCAGGGUUCUCGUCUUGCCAGCAUGAGCGCUGGCGGCGGCGGUGGUGGCAGAGGCUGGGGCGACGGAAGCCAGCACAGCAAACUGAUGAGCGGCGGUGGUGGCAGUAGCACGAGUCAGCUGAUGGCGCUGCUACUGCCACCGCCUUCGCCGCCGCCGCUGCUGCCCUUCCCGCAGCUACCCUUCCCGCAGCAGUCUCACGGCGGCUUCCCCGCCGGCGGCCACCAGCAGCACCAGCAAUUUCUUUCGCAGCAGCAGUCGCAGCAGCAACAUCAACAACAACAGCAGCAGAACCAGUCGCGGCUUAGCCCGGCCCUCAGCCUGCGGCAGCAGCAACAGCAGCUGCAGCAGCUGCAGCUACAACAGCAGCUACAGCAGGAGGAGCACAUGAUGCUCAUGGCUGCAGCCAUAGCCGCCGCCGCACCCGGGAUGCGGGGUGGCGGCGGCGGUGGCGAUGUGGGCGGCGGUGCCGCUGCAGGGAGCAGCUAUGGCAGUAUGCUGCUGUUCGAGGAGUACGGCAUGGGCUUUGGCUUGUCAGGAGGAGGUGGGGCCAUGAUGCCCGGCGGCGGGAGUGCCGGCGCAAUGCCGUACUUUGAUGCUGUGCCGCUCAUGCCGCACCUGCAGCAGCAGCAGCCGCCGCAGCUGGGCGCUGCAGGAGGAGGUGGCGGCGGCGGCGCGCGCCGUGUGGACCUGUCGGCGGCGUACCCGCCGCCGCCGCCCCCGCCGCCGCCGCCGCCGCUGCAGCCGGGCUGGCGGGGUGGCGGCCGGUCCGUUUCGGCUACGGGCAUGAGCACGCCGGCGGGCGCAGGCACCGGCGCCAGUGGCCUGAAUGACCGUGGUGGUACCAGCGCUGCAGCUGUCGGCUGGGCGCCGCCGCCGCCGCCGCCACCACCCCUGGUGCCGCAGUCGAGCGGGGCCGGCGUCGAUGGCGGCGUCGAAACAGGCGACACCGAGGGCGGCAGCGGCAGCAGCAGUGGCGGAGGCCAGGAGGUGUCAAGGGAAGGGCCGCAACUGCGACGGCCGCGCGCGCCGCCGCUCGCGGAGGACAGGGCCGAGUCCCAGGCAUUGGGGCUGGAGUCGCCGUGGAAAGGGCAGGGAGCAGAGUAUGAGGAAGCGGUGGAGGCAGCCGCCGUGUCGCUGGCGACGGCGGCAGCAGCAGCGGAAAAGGAGGAGGAGGAGGCGGAGGCGGAAGCGCAAAGGCUGCUGUCCGCAAGCGCCGUCGGCAGCGUGCCGGGGUCACCCACGCGCGACCGCGGCAGUGGCGAGCAAGCGAUGACCGCCGCCGCUACAGCCACAGGUGCUACAGCCCCGGAGGACGCCGCCCUAGCAGACGCCCUGGCAGUAGCAGACAGCGCCGGCGGCUUCCUGGCCAUGUACGGCAGUAGCACCGCCGCCGGCGCCGCCGCCGCCACUGUGCCUAGCAGCUACAGCCGCCCUAGCAGCUACAGCCGCCCUAGCAGCAGACAUCCCUCGCAUGACUUCUCCGCAGCCGCAGCACACGCCGAGCCAGGCUCCGCACACCCACAGCGUCUGGAGCACACAGAGCACCAGCAGCAGCUGCUGAUGGCGGCAGCGCUGGCGGCGGCCGCUCCGCAGCGCGCGCCGCCGCGGCCCGGACGCCUGUCGUCGCUGCUGGCAAGCCCGGUCCGGACGGCGCCGGCGGCAGUCGCCGAGAGCUCCGUCAGGAGCAGCCGUCGCACUCCCAGCAGUGGUGCCGUCGUAGCUGAGGUGGGUGCAGCCGCCGGUGGCGGCGGCAUCUCUGCGGCAACUUCUUUAGGUGGAGGCUCGGCGGUGGCAGCUGCCGGCGCGCUCACGCCGCUACUCAGCCCCCGCCCCUCACACUCCACCACCAGCGUCGCCGCUGCCGCCUCUCCUGCAUCGUCUACGAGUGCUGUUGCCGGCGCUGCUGCCGGUGGUGACAGCGGCAGUAGCGGCUGUGACCGGUGGGAGAGCCCGGCGUUUCGGCUGUUCACGUGUGACAGUGUGACGGGGGCGCUGCGGCCGCGGUGGUGGGUGCUGGACGGCGGCGGCGUGCAAGGGCCCUUCACAGCGGAGCAGAUGGUGGUCAUGUACUUCAGCGGCGUCAUCACAGACGCCAGCCUGGUGGCCGCAUCCCAGCCGGAGGUGGGCGCAGCCCUGCCCGCCGCACAGGCCCUCCCGGCACCACCACCAGCACCAGCACCGCAAACAGCCCUCUCCUCCCCGCACCGACAACAGCAACAACAGCCCCAGCAGCAGCACCCGCAGCAGCACCCGCAGCAACAGCCGCAGCAGCCGUCGCAGCCGCGGCGCCUGGAGCCGCCGCAUGUGGUGUUUGAGGGUCUGGGGCUGCUGCUGCUGGCGGCGGGUGUGGGGCUGCGCUACCGCCUGCUGUCUGCGGCCGAGUGCCAGCCGCCGCCGCCGCCGCCCCGCAGCCGCAUGGAGCUGCCCCAGCGCCAGCCACAGCCGCUGCUGCCGCUGCCGCAGCCGCAGCCACAUGCAGCCGCGCCUUCUCCGCAACGCUCGCUGUCGCAACAGCUGUCACUUUCGGAGGGGGCAACAGGGGCAGCAGCGCACCAGCGCCAGCGCCAGCAUCAGCAGCAACUCAGCGGUGGCGGGAGCGCUGCUUAUGUAGCCUCACACUACGUGCGGCCAGCGCAGCAGUCCUUCCGCCUACAGCCGCAGCAACACCAGCAGCACCUGCACGAGGACCCAGCAGCGCUGGCGGCGGAGACGCCGGACGCCGAGUCGCACCUGCUGCAGCUCCUGCUCCUGCAGCACCACAUCACCACCACCACCACCACCACCACCACACAGCAGUCGGGUGCUGCUGCUGCUGCUGCUGCUGCUGGUGCCGCUGCGGUUGCGGCUGCAGGGCCGACCGGCGCAGCAGCGCUGUUUGGGCCGGAGACGCCGUCGCCACUGCUGCUACGUACCGGUCCGUUCGGCAGCACCCGCGGCGGCGGCGGCGGCGGUGGUGAUCCUGGCGGCAUGGACAGCACCGGCGUAGGUUUGGGUGGCGGCGCCGACACGGCAGCGGCAGCGGUAGCGGCAGCAGUCGCUCGUCGUCGAAUCGACUUUGGUGGUGGCAGCGGGGCCGACGCAGCGGCAGGCGGUGCCGGCGAUGAGGGCUGCAGCGAGCGCGAGGCGGCGGCCAUGUUGGGAAGCACCCUGUCACGUGAGGUGGGGUUGGAGGAGGCGGUGGCGACACUGCCCGCAUGCCUAGGCAUUGGCGAUGACGACAGCGGCGGCGGCAGCGGCGGCAAUGGCUGCGGCACGGCUGCUGGCCCGGCGUAGUGGUGCGGCAUAGCUGCUUCCGCAGAUGCGGUACAUUUCGCCGGCUGCGGCAAUGGUGGCAAAAAUGUAGCAAGUGCUUCGAUCCGGUGUUGUGGUGAGUUGUGGUGCGGUGGGGUGUGUUGCGGUGACUGUGUAUCAUUGGACGGCGAGUUGGUGUGGGUUUGAAAUGCCGUGGUGUGGUGGGGUGUUCGGCUGGUACUGUAGCAUGGCAUUGCAGCUUUCCGUGUGGGUUGUAUUUACUGCACACGAGAGCUUUUGGCAACGCACGAGGCCUGGUUGGUAGCGACACAACGGAAAUUGGAGCGUGGCGGCCACGUGGUGUUCGGGCGCUCAAUGCGAGGGAUGACGCCGAGCGUGUUUCAGGGACGGUGUAGGGAGGUGCGACGCCCACAAUAAGCAGGUGCGGCAGGUGCAUCGUGGCUGUGUGUGAUGGCGGCACUUGCCAUCCGUGUUGUGGCAUGGCAAGGGCCGCAGAGAGCCCAGAGGCCAAAGAAUUUAUGUUUGCCAUCCAUUCGGGUGACUCUGGAUUCAGAGAGCGGCGGAUUGCGGCACACAUGCUUGUUGAGUGGAUUGGCAGCGUGGGUUAGCUGGCUGAGAACAUAGUAUAAGAUGUGCACACGCGUGUUGCUGUGCGACAUCAGCGUGCAUUGGGAACGUCCGGCGUGUAGCUGGUCUCGUGUGUGUGUAUUGUAUGUGUGUGUGUUUGUUUAGAAGGGCCUGUCCGUGUCAUAUGCAUGCGACGGCAACAGGAAGACUAGCGACAGCGCUAAGCCCUAGGCAGGUGUAGGUAUGCGUGUCCCUGUGUACGAGAACUGUCUUUGCGCACGUCCACCAUUAUUGGCAGGCAAGAGUGUGUUCAGGAGACAGUGGCGCGACACGCGGGAUGCUUUUCAAAGGGCGCGGAUUGGGGCCCCAUGGCACCGACCGCGGAACACUGCUAAGAGGUCCUGCACCGCAUGGGCAAUGGUUGCUGGCAUGCUAACGAAAUGCAUAUCAGGUGCCUGGGUCGAUAGGGUGCAACGGUGGGUUGGCAGGCUUAGGCCGCGUGUAUGGGUAGGAUCACUGGGAUGUGUGAGUUGGCUGCAUGUAGAUUCAGUGAGCGCUAGACAGGUACACAAUGGAGCUGGGUAAUCAGGCGGACAGUGACCGUGCAGUAGACAAUUAGGAACCGCAUUGGUUCCGGCCCCAGUGCCUUGCGGUGCUUUUGUUGGGUUAAAGGCGUUCAGUCACGGUGCGGUGGUAGCACCGUCGCAUCAAGUCGGGCGGGUGUUGGCAGCAUCCUCAUGCACGCCCGGGCUUGUACACGCGGCAAUAGUACUUUAGUACGGUAGCUUGCAGGUGUUGCACGGGCUGAAUGAUUACAGUGCAAGAUUGGCGCACGGCAGGCUUUCACGUACGGAUAGAUGGACACAAACACGCCGCGCUGGUGCUGAAGUUGAGGUUGAACAAUAUGUUGUGGGACUCCACAAAUGCUAUGUGUUCCACGGUAGUGGACAAAUUGACCGGACGUCAAAUCUCUCGGAGCUGGAGAUGGAAGCAUGCAGACGUGCCGCCAUGCGCUGACACGUGGCGGGUGCUGCUAAGAAGCACGA